GAAACAAGGCUUACUAAGAGCUUAAUCUGGGGUCCAAGAAAGCUCGUGCUUCUACGAUUAUUUGCAAUAAGAUAGCGAGAAUACCGCGACGCAGUUCAAACAUGGCUGUGAAUUUGCGAGCGUCCAGACGUAGCGUGCUGCUGGCCUUUCUCGUCGGCGCGUUCUUUUUAGUCUCCAACGCACACUUCCAGUCUAAGAUCAUGGCGGAUGACACCCCGCGGAGGCGGCUGGUGCGGUACCAGACGGACAUGGCGGAAGCAGAUGCGGUGCUCCAGCAGCCCGUGCUGCAGCCUGCACGCACCGAUAUUUCCCCCAGCGGGCCCGCGCCUGUCGAAAGAUUGUACGAGGCGGGCCUUGGGUCCUGCGGCAUACCCGAUAUUGACGACCCCGAUGAAUGCGUAGCGGACCUCGCGGCGUUCCCCGCGCUGAACCGCAACAGCGCCAAGGUGCGCCAGCUCGCGUGCUUGGCGCACAACUACCUGCGCCCCUGGAUGGGCAUUCCGGGAGUCACGGAGGGCAUGGGCGCGCGCGGGAUGAUCAGCCCGAAGCUGCUGGGGCAGAUGGCGACGAUGUCGAGCGUGCUGUCCUGCUCGGGGCACGUGCGAAUCGUCAAGGGCGAAAUCUUCUUCCGCUUCGGUGGAUUCGAGUUCGAUUGGUACAGGAUGCGCCGCUUCGUCUUCUCCAUCCGGAUGAUCGAGGAGGCUAUUAGCGAGUACAAACUGCACAACCUGAACGCCGAGUUCUUUAUCAGCACGUGCGACCUCCCCACCAGCCGAGUCAGCUCUGUAGCGAAGCACCGCGCAGGCCUUCCGAUAUUCUCCCCCCACGGCGCGCCGGGCAGCGUGGACAUCCUGUACCCCGACCCCGUGGAUCUGAGCAAGAGCUACUUCAGGGACGUGGAGGACGCUGUGCCGUGGGAGCAGAAGCACGGCCGCGCCGUGUUCCGCGGCGGCAUGACUAACUUCUUCGUGCAGUACGACACGCAGUGGCGCUCCAGCCCGCGCUUCCGCGUGCACCGCAUGUCGGAGGUGCGGCCGGACCUUGUGGACGCGAAGGUGGUGGGCAACGUGGACCCCAAGUUCCUGGACAGGAUGCGCGACGACAAGGUGGAGCUGGGCGAGCGCAUGGGCGCGGAGCAGAUCCAGGCGUUCAAGUACGAGCUGGACGUGGACGGCGGCACGGGCAGCGGGCGCGUGUGCGGUAUUCUGUCGAGCAACCAGAUGCUGAUCAAGCAGGCCAGCGAGUACACGCAGUUCUUCGACCCGCUGCUCUGCCCGCACCGCCACUUCGUCCCCACGCACCGCUACUUCUCCAACCUCUUUUCGCAAAUCGAGUGGGCGAGGUCGCACGACAACCAAGCGAGGCAUAUCAUUCGCCACGCAAACCGGCUCGCUGGCGACGUCUGCACGUGGGAGGGCCGGCGGCUGUACUGGGCGGUUCUCUUAGCUAAGUAUUCCGUAAGCGCGCUGGAGAGCGCUGCGAAUGUGACGAAGCCUGACAUGUUUCAGUGCAAUGUGCCUCCGACGCAAGUCGACGUGGAGAACUCGUCCAAAUACUCAAAGCCGAAGCCCGCCAAGUGGAUCCCGCGUUGCAAGGUGCCCGAGGAGUUGCCGAACCAGCCGCCAUGCACGCACUUCUGCGCGGGCCCGCUGGACGAGCCUGAGAAAUGGAAGUGGUUGCCUUCGAGUCUGCUGCAUGGCAUUGAGGUGUUCAAACCCGACAACAGCAGAAUUAAGUUCAGACCAUCGUGAAGGGAGCAGAUUCCCGCCAUCUGAUUGCCACACCGAGGGCAAUAAUCUAGUUCAAUAAAGCUCAAGCAACACCAACUCCAUUCCGCCAACCACGGUUGAUGGAAUAAUAAAGUGUUACUACCAGCCAAUAAAUAAUAAUUUGAAUAAGAUGUUUCUGUAGCU